GGAAACUAAAGCACGCUGUCUAAGAAGAGCAGAGGAGCAGUGUGCACCUUAAUCUGCAUCUCCCAGGAGUUACAGCACUGAUCCCUGACUGAUCAUCUGAUCCUCCCUUUCAUUCAUUCAUUCUUUCAUUCAUUUCUUCACUGGUCUAGGUGAUCCAGCACUAUGUCAGCAAAGGCCAUCUCAGAGCAGACAGGAAAAGAUUUCCUGUAUAAGCACAUCUGCACCACAGCGGCCGUACAGAACCACUUUCGCUAUGCUAACGUCACUGCAGAAACACGCUGGGACCAGCUGGUUCAGGAUCAUCCAUGGCUUCUUACUGAGCGACUGGUUGUGAAGCCGGAUCAGCUGAUCAAGCGCAGGGGGAAGCUGGGAUUGGUGGGGGUGAAUCUUGAUCUGCAGGGGGUCAAAGAAUGGCUCAGACCUCGCCUGAUGAGAGAGACCACGGUGGGGAAGGCUAAAGGCAUUCUGAAGAACUUCCUCAUAGAGCCUUUUGUCGCCCAUAAGCAGGAGGAGGAGUUUUACGUGUGUAUUUACGCAGCGCGUGAGGGUGAUUACGUCUUGUUUCAUCAUGAAGGUGGUGUCGAUGUUGGUGAUGUCGAUUCUAAAGCUCAGAAGCUGCUGGUUGGUGUGGAUGAGAAACUCCGGCCAGAUGACGUCAAACAGAAGCUGCUCACGCACGUCCCUGCCGACAAAAAAGAGGUGCUGACCAGCUUCCUGGUGGGCUUGUUUAACCUGUAUGAGGAUCUAUACUUCACUUACCUGGAGAUCAACCCACUGGUGGUGACUAAGAAUGGAGUGUAUGUAUUGGACAUGGCUGCUAAGAUUGAUGCUACAGCUGACUACCUGUGUAAGGCUAAAUGGGGUGAUGUGGAGUUUCCUCCUCCGUUUGGCAGAGAGGCCUAUCCUGAGGAAGCAUAUAUUGCAGACUUGGAUGCUAAAAGUGGUGCCAGUUUGAAGCUCACUCUUCUUAAUCCCCGUGGACGCAUCUGGACCAUGGUAGCAGGGGGCGGAGCUUCAGUUGUAUACAGUGAUACAAUCUGUGACCUGGGCGGAGUGAAUGAGCUGGCCAAUUAUGGAGAGUAUUCAGGUGCUCCAAGUGAACAGCAAACCUAUGACUACGCCAAGACUAUCUUAUCUCUCAUGACCCGAGAGAAACACCAUGAUGGAAAGGUGCUGAUCAUUGGAGGAAGCAUUGCCAACUUCACUAAUGUAGCUGCAACAUUUAAGGGUAUUGUCAGGGCAAUCAGAGACUAUCAGGAACCUCUGAAGGAGCAUGAGGUUUCCAUCUUUGUGCGACGUGGUGGUCCAAACUACCAGGAGGGUCUGAGAGUGAUGGGAGAAGUGGGUAAAACCACAGGCAUCCCCAUCCAUGUUUUUGGCACCGAGACCCAUAUGACGGCCAUUGUUGGGAUGGCUCUGGGCCAUCGACCAAUAGCCACUCAGCCACGCGUCGCUGCCCACACUGCCAACUUCCUGCUCAACACCAGUGGCAGCUCAUUGACCCCCAACUCCAGCAGGACUGCAUCUUUUUCUGAGGUAAACUGUGGAAAAGGGUCUUCAACAUCCUGUCAAGCCAAACAAGGGGCUCCACCAGCGAAAGCCACCACUCUGUUCAGCAAACACACCAAGGCCAUCGUAUGGGGCAUGCAGACACGGGCAGUGCAGGGAAUGCUGGACUUUGACUACGUGUGCUCUCGAGCUGAGCCCUCAGUGGCCGCAAUGGUCUACCCCUUUACUGGAGACCAUAAGCAGAAGUUUUACUGGGGUCAUAAGGAGAUUUUGUUGCCUGUCUAUAAGAACAUGUCAGAUGCCAUGAAGAAACAUCCAGAGGUCGACGUGCUCAUCAGCUUCGCUUCUCUGCGCUCUGCCUUCGAUAGCACCAUGGAAACGUUACAGUACCCACAGAUUCACACUAUUGCAAUCAUAGCUGAAGGUAUUCCUGAAGCGCUGACUCGCAAGAUCAUCAAAAAAGCAGAUGAAAAAGGAGUGACUAUCAUUGGACCAGCAACGGUUGGAGGUAUAAAGCCUGGCUGUUUUAAAAUCGGAAAUACAGGAGGGAUGCUGGACAACAUCCUGGCAUCGAAGCUGUACCGCCCUGGCAGCGUGGCUUAUGUUUCUCGCUCGGGGGGCAUGUCCAACGAGCUUAAUAACAUCAUCUCCCGCACCACUGACGGAGUGUACGAGGGCGUCGCCAUCGGGGGAGACAGGUACCCAGGCUCUGUGUUUAUGGACCACGUGUUGAGGUACCAGGACUCACCAGAGGUGAAGAUGAUCGUUGUGCUGGGAGAGAUUGGAGGUACAGAGGAGUAUAAGAUUUGUCAGGGUAUUAAAGAGGGAAGGAUCAAUAAGCCUGUUGUCUGCUGGUGCAUCGGCACCUGUGCCACCAUGUUCUCCUCUGAGGUGCAGUUUGGCCAUGCUGGAGCCUGUGCUAACCAGGCCUCUGAAACCGCAGUGGCCAAAAACAAGGCCCUGAAAGAAGCUGGAGCUUUUGUGCCCAACAGUUUUGAUGAACUGGGAGAAAUCAUUAAAUCAGUUUAUGAUGACCUGGUCUGCAGAGGUGUGAUUGUGCCUGCUAAGGAAGUUCCCCCUCCCACGGUACCAAUGGACUACUCCUGGGCUAGAGAGUUGGGUCUGAUCCGUAAGCCGGCGUCCUUCAUGACCAGUAUCUGUGAUGAGAGAGGUCAGGAGCUUAUAUACGCUGGAAUGCCCAUCACAGAGGUCUUCAAAUCAGAGAUUGGUCUGGGGGGAACUCUGGGCCUGCUCUGGUUCCAGAGGAGGCUUCCACGAUACGCCUGCCAGUUCAUAGAGAUGUGUUUGAUGGUCACUGCGGAUCACGGCCCUGCAGUAUCUGGAGCUCAUAAUACCAUUGUGUGUGCCCGUGCUGGAAAAGACCUCAUCUCCAGCCUCACGUCUGGCCUCCUAACCAUUGGGGACCGGUUCGGUGGUGCUCUGGAUGCUGCUGCUAAGCAGUUCAGUAAGGCAUUCGACAGUGGAAUGCUCCCCAUGGAGUUCGUCAACAAGAUGAAGAAGGAAGGCAAGCUGAUCAUGGGCAUCGGGCACAGGGUCAAAUCUAUCAAUAAUCCUGAUAUGCGGGUGCAGAUCCUGAAAGACUUUGUGAAGCAGCACUUCCCUGCUACUCAGCUACUGGACUAUGCAUUAGACGUGGAAAAAAUCACCACCUCUAAGAAACCGAACCUCAUUCUGAAUGUAGACGGUUUUAUUGGUGUGGCGUUUGUGGAUCUGCUGAGAACGUGUGGUGGAUUCACAAGAGACGAGGCUGAUGAGUUUGUGGAGAUCGGAGCUCUGAAUGGAAUCUUUGUACUGGGACGCAGUAUGGGAUUUAUUGGCCACUAUCUGGAUCAGAAGCGUCUGAAACAGGGUCUGUACCGUCACCCGUGGGACGACAUUUCCUACGUCUUGCCCGAGCAUAUGUCCAUGUAACCGUGGAAACCGUGCAGCUCAUCACCUUCAUCAUCAGCUGUGACCUCUUACCUCUGGGUAUAAGUGGAAGGGGGUGGUUGUGUGCUUACUGUGAGUUUAUAUCUGUGAAGCUCUGAACUGCUUCACUGUGAACAUGUUGAUGUGUUGAUGUCUCAUGCAAGUCUGUUGGUCCAGCUGUAGUAAAUGUCAUUUUUCUGUAGUCCUGUAAUGCUAUUGUGUAUACUAUACGUUGUAACGCCAAAAUGUUAACGGAUACAUUCUCAUAAACGUCUCACAGCUGAAGGGAGAGUUUACCAAAACAGUGUGAGGAGUGGCAAAUGUGUUUAUCAGUGUACACUCUUAAAAAUAAAGGUGCUAUAAAUGGUUUUUCAUAGUUACGAACUACCACAAGCGUUAUAAUUUUUGAUUACACAACACAACACAAUAAAGAGUAUAAAAUAGAGUUUCUGUGGGAUGCUAUGAAAUAAGAUGGAGAUAUAUCUGGAUAAAUAACAAUGUAGUUCUAAUACUGUAAUGUCAACAUGGGGAAAAGGCCAUAGUUCUGUUUAGACUUCUUUUACAUAAGGAGAAAGUAUGAAUGACCACAAAAUGAGCAGUGGUUCUCGUAUAAAAUGGCGAUCCAUUGGUUGAGACUUAAGUCCACCCUCCUACCCAACACCAAGAGGGUAAAUAACACUCCAUCAAUUCUAUCCACCCCAACGAAAUCCCAAUGAUCUAACUCAGCAAAUAUAAUACAUACAGGCACCUAACCUCCACAAACAACAUUAAACCCCUCUAAGAAGAAUGGCUGUGCCACCACAACAAGUUUAGAUACAAAAAUGUAUGAACUUUAACUUUAAUUUUAAUUAAACACUAAGAAAUGUUUUUUUAAGGACUGUUACACUGCAGAUACAUCUCAAAUCAGAUCUCAUAUGUCUCAAAAAUGAAACUUUAUCAAACUAAUUUUUUUUAUUUAUGGUUUCACCUAAGAACCAUUUAUAGCUCCCUUUUUAAAGAGUUUUAAACUGUCUUUAUUGGUAUUAGAAGAAAGAAAUACACUUCACACAAGUAAUUGGUUUGAACCUUCACUUUGGAUUAGUAAGAACUUCCCGUAGCCUUUUGUGAAAAGUGCCAAGUUUGCUGUUAGCAGCUACUAGUGCAAUAAUAAACUGCGUAUAGAGCUAGGCCAUAGCUUUAUUGUGUGUUUAAAUGUCUUAACUGUCUAAGUUAUUAGUGUUGGAAACAUCACAAGUUGCAAGUGCACUAUUUUUGAGAGUAGAUAAAUGUAUAUAUAAAAAGGGAAAUAACUAUUUUGAACGGUGGUAUUUUUAAUGAUGAACUGUGCCAUAGUGUUGUUCAUAUUGUUUACAGUAUAUUAAUCAUUGUCCACUGUAGACUUCCUGUGUGGAAAAAAAAUAGUUCUAAUGUGUGGUGUGGGUUCUACAAUAUCUGUGGCCAGUAGUUCAUUUAUUUGUUUUUAGUUUCUGUACGCAUUAGUUAAGCUGAGCUUUUAGAAACUGUGAAACAUUAAGACCCAUAUUCAACUACAGUAUCAAUCAAAAGUUUGUGCACACCUUAAAGUGUUUAUUUUUCAUUAGAUGUAUAAUGUUCUGCAUUGUAAAUGAAUAAUAGUCAUCCAAACUUUGAAGAAAAAAAAAUUGCACCUUUUUCAAUUGUCUCUGUCAGCUUUAUGAGGUACGAACUGCUCAAAGUAAAGAAAAAAAACUUUAAGAAAUGAAGGUCAGUCAGUCUGAAAAAUUUCAAGAAAGAAAUUUAAAGUACCUUCAAAUGCAGACCAUUGCAAAGAUUAAAAAAAAUGUUAUGAUGAAACUGGCUCUCAUCAGGACUGGCCCAGGAAAGGAAGACCAAAAGUUACCUCUUUUGCACAGGAUAAGUUCAUCAGGAGUUACCAGCCUCAGCGAGCACACAUUAACAGCCCUUCUGAAUAUUAUUUUGUGUUUCUAAAAUACUUUUAUGUUAAUACAUAAUUUCUUAUGUGUUCCUUCAUAGUCUGGAUGUAGAAAAAAAACAUUGAAAGAGAAUGUGUGUCAAACUUUUGGCUGGUACUGUAUCUCUGUCGUACAUACGUAAUUUAAAAAUAACGAAAUAAAUGACUUUCUGAAAUGCA